UAAUAAUAAUAUUAUUUAUUUUUAUUAUGUAGUGUAAUAUUCCAUCUUAGAUCUGUCAAAAGUAGAACUGACACAAAGAAAACAAUACCGUCAACCAGAAAGGUCUCUACGAUCUGUCAUGUUGACACAUGUUACCGAACAUGGUUUGUUUAUCAUAUUUAAUAAUUGAGUCAGAAAUUUAAUAAUUUAAACUAUAAAGAUGGAUUUCGAUAAUCAAUCUUAUUCAAAUUAUACGCCUUCUGUGGAAACAUGCAUUAUAUCACGGAGAUUUAAUCAGACAAUUAUACCAGACAUUUACGCUGGUAUUCCAGUAAACUUUCUAUUUAAUUUAAUUGGUUUUAUUUUUUUAGUAUUAUUAUUCGGCUUGCUAAGAAAAAAAGCAUGGAAUUACGGGCGUUUAGCAUUAUUACACAAAUCAGAUAAUAGAUGGAUGGAAUUAUUCUUCGGUGACAAUGAAGAAACAGCUGAAACUGCCGAAGCUUCUGUUAGUGCUCAACUGUCAACUUACGAUAGAGGAUUUUUUUCAUGGAUUGUUACAGCUUUCAAAGUCAAUGACAGAGAAUUAUUAAGACGAGCAGGCCCUGAUGGACUGCUCUAUGUAACGUUUGAACGUCAUCUUAUCGUCUUAACAUUUAUGAUGAUGGUUGUUGCCUUGUGUGUAGCACUACCAAUAAAUUAUAGUGGAACUAUGCGUCGUGAUAGCAAUGAAACAUUUAGUUUGACAACUUUAUCCAACGUUGAUGCCAAAUCAAAUUGGAUGUGGGUUUAUACAAUUAUUGUUAUGUCAUAUUUACCUAUUGGUAGUUAUAUAAUGAGAAGAUUCACCAAGCAGGUUCGUGAUGCUCGACCUUCUGGGGAACUGGCAGCUAGAACAUUAUUAAUAAGCGAAAUCCCAAAGCACCAAUGUAACGUUAAUAGUCUUAAAGAGUAUUUUACAGAGGCAUUUCCGACAUUGACUGUAGAGGAUGUUACUCUAGCUCAUGAUAUUAAAAGAUUGUCAAUUUUAGAAGCUCAGCGCGAUUGUGCUGAGCAGGCUCGACUAUAUUGUGAGAAUCAUAAUAAAAAAAAAGAGCCAAUGAAACUUUAUCCACACCUAUGUGGACAAGUGGUUGGGUGUUGCUGUAAAAAGCAAGUAGAUGCUUUAGAAUUUUAUACAGCCGAGGAGAUACGGUUGACUGCGCUAGCUGAAGAAGAAAAGAAAGUCGCUUUAAGUAAGCCUCUGGGGAUAGCUUUUGUAACAUUAGGUACACCUGGAGCUGCUCGGACAAUGCGUAGACAGCUAAGAUCUGCUCCAGCUAUUAAAUGGGAAGUUAACUACGCUCCGGCGCCUUCAGAUAUUUUUUGGGAAAAUUUAAAUAUACCAACACCUUUUUGGUAUUUCAAUGCUGUUCUUAUCAAUUUAAUACUGGCUAUUUUUUUGUUCUUCGUAACGACACCAGCUGUCAUAAUGUCAGCAUUAGAUCAAUUAGAUAUAACUCCCGAACUUCAAAAUUUAGGUUCAGUAAUAUCGACGUUUCUUCCAACUCUCAUGCUUGUAAGUAUAACGGCUCUUAUGCCAGUACUAGUUGGACGCAGUGAGUUAUUAGUUAGACACUGGACUCGAAGUGGACUCAAUAAUGCAAUAAUGAAGAAAACAUUGUUACUUUUACUACUCAUGGUCCUUAUUUUGCCAAGUUUGGGAUUAACCAGCGCUCAAGCUGUUUUGGAACGUAAUAUUUUUGGUAAUACAACUAUCAAAUGGGAAUGUAUCUUUUUAGCUGAUCAGGGUGCUCUUUUUGUGAAUUAUAUAAUAACAGCAUCGUUAUUCGGAUGUGGUCUUGAGCUAGUAAGAUUCCCGGAAUUAGCAAUGUAUACAAUUAGACUUUGUAUAGCAAGAAGUCGCGCCGAACGUGUUUAUGUCAGAAAAGCUGUGGUGUGGGAAUUUCCAUUAGGUGCACAUUACGCGUGGUUAUUACUUGUAUUUACAAUGACUACGGUGUACAGUAUGGCAUGUCCGCUAAUUACACCAUUUGCUUUGCUGUAUUUCUUAAUAAAACACAUGGUUGAUCGACACAACUUGUGUUUUGCGUAUGGACCGAGUAGUGGAGGCGGUAAAUUAGCUAGUGCAGCGGUAAGUGCAGCAGGCGCGGCUCCUAUACUAGCACAAGCCGCGCUUCUGGCACUUGGUUUGGUCCGUAAAGGAUUGUCACCUCUUGCGGCACUUCAACUUAGCGGACUUGCUGCCAGUAUUCUGGGCCUAGUUACUGGUGCUACUCUCCCAGCUUCAAAACCAAAACCACAAAUAAUAAAACGCGACUUUUCGACCGGUCAAAAUUUUAUCGCACCAGUAUUAAGAAAAAAGUAUGGAUCGUUUAUUACAGAAGAAGUAACGUCGGUAGCUUCAAACUCUCAAGUAAAUGUUUUGACGGAUAAUAGUUCAACAGACACUACUCUGACAGAGAAUAGUGCAUCAUCAGCGGUGCAAGAAAGUCCAAAGCUUUACCAAGAUUACGGUAAAGAUGCGCGUGUAUAAAAGUAAAACUUUUUUUAAAAAUUUUCAUCAUCAUGUUUAUGUUAUUGAAUUGUUAAUUUUAAAUUUACAUCACCUUAUUUUUCGAACUAUUGAAUCUUAACUAUUUAAUAUUUUGUUUUCCUCUUUACAAUGGUUAAUAUUUUAAUAUAUUCGAUUUUUUAACAAUCUUAUUUGUUACAUCACCUAAUUUUUCACUUAUGUUAAAGAAAAUAAAUAUCAAAAACCGCGAUACUAGUGAUUGCAUGAUCUGUAACAGAAAUAUAGCUAAAAGUGAUACUCAUGAUCUGUGAAAAUGUAAAAAUGAAUUAUACAACUUUUGCAAAUAAAUAAAUUUUUUAAUAUA